UCUCUCUCUCUCUCUCUCUCUCUCUCUAAUCCUGCCACCCUAUAAAAACUGGUCAGCUGCUCACUUCCACCUCGCCAUUCCUCCAAGCAUCUGAAACGCUUUUUCCUCCACAGCCAAAAAGAAACCAUGGGCGGCUGUGCGAGUAAGCCGACGACCACCGAAGGCCAGGCUCCUGAGGCGCCACCAGCCAAUAACUUAGCUCCCACCGACGUGACCGUCACCGCCACCGCCGAGGCCGCUGAGGUCGUGGCGGAAUCCAACGAGACUGCCGAGGAGAGCAAGGAAGAGACAUCGAGUGAGGCGAAGCCCCAAGAGGUUGAGCCUGCUGUGGAAGGAGGCGAGCACAAGGCCGAGGAGAAGGAGGAGAUGAGCGCGGAGGAAGUGGCCACUGCGACUGCACAGACGUCCUAACCCUUCUCACGUCUGCAUGAGGACGUGGUGAUCGUUCUGUACUCGACUGUGUCGUCAUGUGGACGUAUAAACGAAAAUAAUCGGCAACUUCGUUGUUGGAUAUGUAUACACAUUUGUGUUCAUGAUCGUACAUGUCAAAUAAAUUGAUUGUGGCCAUUAUUAUUCA